AUGCCUCUGAACCUGGCAAAGCACCGGUUCUAUAGGCACUUCUGGUAUAGUCUCAAUGGGUCCUCCACCUCGUGCCGGCAGGAGCUGAUCCGUCCACUCUACAGCGAGCCUUCGGGUGCGAUUGCCUUCCGCGUAGACGCCGACCGCGAAAAAAUCAACGGCAUUCGCAUAUGCGAGAUUGGCUGCGUUAUAAUGGCCAAACCCCCGCGCGAGACAACCUCGAAGAGCAAGGUCUGGUUCGGCGUACUUACGUGGGUUGAGCCUAAAGAGGAUGUGCCCGUUCAAGGCGCUAGAAUGUGCAAAGUGUGCUGGAUCAUGACGAAAGCUGAUCUUAUGGCGGACAUCGAAGCCGGCGACUUUGUCAAUACGCAAGACAUGCGCUGGUUCCUCCGAUACAAGCCGGAGACGCGUGCUUGGCUCGCUAACGGAUCUUCCUACGUACCCCUCAGCAGUCUGAUCACUGUCCCCACAGUGGAAGAGAUCAAUGAUCGCAUUGAUCUGUCCAGAUCCGUGCGCGUGCAGUUCACCGGCUACGGGGGGGUAGAGUUGGUGAAAUAUGACGACUUGUAG